GCCUGGUUUGCCGCAUCGGCAAUGUGUACCGACGAAUAGAGAGAAACGUGGAGCGAAACGCGAACGGAACAGAGAGAAAGAACCAAGAGAGAAACGGAGAAACGGGACUCGUGUGGGUGACGAGUGACGGUUAGAUGGAGGGGGGUGGGGGUCUGCCCUGCAUCAGUCUCUGCUGCGUCCCUUCGAAAGGGGACGCUCCUCGUCUUUGACAAGCGCGCGGUUAAAACACCCAACGGGGGGUUGACAGUUAUACGGAAACUAAAAUAACUGGGUUCAUAUUUUAUAAUAAAACAAUAAUUAUCGUUGAAUAACAAAAGUUGUGAUGAAAAUUCCAUGUAGAUGUCAUUGUCGAAGUCAGUUUUGAAUUCAGUUUGAAAAGCAUAGAAAAAAACUGAUAAAAUAAACGGAAUUAAAUUAGUGCUCGGUACGUUUCACAUUCCUAUUCCUAGUGCUCUAUUCAUAUUAUUUUCGUUCUAGGGAACGGGAGAUUUUUUCAUCGAUUGUCAAAUACUGUAGAAACGUGUCUAGUUUGAAUUUUCCUUCCUAAUCGGUUUCCUGUCUUGAACUUUCUUUUCCCUUCGUUUUUUCGUUUUAUUUGGUACCGUCAAACUGCGUUGUUAUUAUUUCGUAAAUAUAUUCGGUGAAAAUAUUAUUGAACAGUGGUGUGCAGUGGUUCGAGAAACGUGCGACCGAACAAACGUUUUAUAAAGUUUGAAAAGGGGAAAAAAUGAUAUGAUAAAAUGAAAAAUGAUAUCUGAAUUCUGAUUGUAUGUUUUAUUUUUUAUUCAUUUUUUUUUUCUAUUCCCUCAAACUUUUUUCGGAUACCAUCGACGUCUCCUCUGCACGCGUCAAGGGUCAAUCGAUUGUGUCUCAUGAUUUCAUGGCCGGUGAAAUUAUUAUCAAACGUGGGAUUUGUGGUAUAUUUAUUUCUUCGUCUCUCUUGUUUGCGUUAAAUUGAAACGUGUGUAUCAAUCAACCGUGCGUGAAAUAUUAUAUUAACGAUGAAAAACCGCCUCCUGUGAUUCGGAAGGAUUCUUAUUCUGUUGAAACCGAAAGAAGAAGGAUCGUAGCCUUUAUUCGUGCGACGAGGGAAGACGCAAAGGAUAAAAAAAUUUUUUUACACAUCGAGUGCUGCUGCCGCUGAUGACGCCACAAGCAGCACACAGCUCUAGCCCUAAAUAUCGAUCUGCUGGCGUGUACGACCUACUCUAUAGUUCGUUUGCCUCAAACAUAUCGUGGAAUGACAGUUGAUAAUCUUGAAACUAUCGCCAUUCGGUUGACAAUAAAUGUCAAGACUUUGAACUACUCGUACCUUGACAACGAGGAGUUGAAUUACAAAGUCGUUGACGACGACGGCGACGAACGAAGUAACGUUAAGAAUACUCCGUUGAUAAUGGAGGGCAUCUGUAAUUCCAAAAGUAACACCACCCACUUGACCGUGAUAACGACGAAAUUGACAUAAGAGCGUGGUAUUUAUCACAAGGAUACACUUAUUGGAAUAUAGACAAAAAAAUGUCGCCGAUUAAUGAGGCUGGCAGGACUUCGAUGAGAGUCUGUCGUACGAUAAAAACGAUUCGAAGUUUGAUCGGAACUUAAAAUACAAUAAGGGAGACAAGGUUCAAUAAUUAGCCACCUGAUAUAACGAUUCACGAAUUUAUUUCAACACGCCUGGAUCAACAACUGUGAUUAAAUUAUUAAACGAACGUUAGUACAUUUUUAUCGAAGAAGAUAACGAAGCGAAAAUGAAAAAAACACUACCAGCUAUCAACCUGGGGAGAAAAAUUUCAAUGAGAUUUUACGCGAUGAAUAUUUUGUCUGAAAAUAUAUACGCACACGAACGUGUACAUUUGACAUCGAUUUCCACAUCUGUACAAUGAAGCUAGUAUUAAAACAAGAGGGAAAAUAAUAUCGCGGAUAAUAAGGGUAACGAAAAACUGAAAAGCUGAAGACUCUGGAACAUAAAUUAAGAUAAUCUCAUAACCGAAUAAAUAAAUCAAUAUAAAAGAAAAUUUGAACAUCAUGGUUUCGAGAUACGGUGUGACCAAAGAAGGUACCGUUGGGGUGACCGUUAGCGUUGGGGCGAUGCACUGUUUACUACCCCAUUGUAGUCCCCAUCACUUGUCACCACACGGUCACAAUCAUUUACACCAUCACAAUCAUCACAACCACCAUCCACCGCCCUCGCCAAGUCCUCACGGUCAUCUGAGUCAGUUGAACCACGCGCAUCAGUUGACCAUUAAUAUUAACCACAAUCAACUCCAGUCUCAGCAGACUCAACAUCAACAACAAGCUCCGCCUCAGUAUAGGAUCAUCACAGCCAGUGCCAGAUCAGACGUGAACUUUCAUGUGCCUGGACAGAACUACGGAGGUCAACCUGGUGGUCAGGUUGGUGGGGGUGGGGGUAGCGUAGGUGUACCCGGAGGUAGAGGGCCCCCGCCACUUGGAAGUAUACAGAGCAUCGGACAAUCUGCAACGGGUAUACCCCAAGGAGGUCAAACAGGGGCGCAGCAGGCUCCUCCACAGUCGCAAACACCCGGAGUACAGUCUCAGCAACCUCAGGGACCACCCCCUACGACUACACCUCCGGUUCACACGCCAUCACCUCAAGACAUGGGCAAACCAGCUCAUUUGCAGGCGCAACCGUCAUCCCUGCAACAAAAUAUUUAUGUAACAAAUCAAACGAGACCAACGCCACAGGUUUACUACCCAACGGGAGCGAGGCAACAAGCACCAAGAGGUCUUAGUCACAGAGCAGGUCAGGGAAGCGGUGGAGCACAAGUCGUAGGCAUGCAAGCGGUAGGCGCGGGUGGGGGCCAACCAACGGCUAUGUAUCAGCACCCUGCUGGUUUGCCACCUGCACUGUACAUGCCAGGCCAGGUGCCUUUGCAUGCUUCACACGUUGGCCCCCACCAACAGUCUGUUUAUAUGAACAAUCAGAUGCAGUCCGUUCAGGUAUUAUUUUCGGGUCCACCACCACGACAUCACGGUCAUCAAAGUCAACCUUUGUAUCCAGCUUAUCAACCCACUAUCCUGGCGCCAAAUGUCUAUGGAUAUCCAUCUGGUCCCGCAACGCAACAUACCGGAUACUACUUGACGCCACCAGGUCCUCAAAUUAAUUUGAGUAGAGCAGGAUCAGGAGCAGUUAGUGGAGGGGCUCAACAUGUUGGAAGUCCGCUGGCUGGGGGUCAAGGAGCUACCAUUGUUCAGCAAGGUGGUAUCCAACAGCCUUCUCAGCAGCCUCAGCCAAUGCAACAGAUACCUUUAGCUUUGGGGCAAACUGAAGUUUACCAAGGCCACAAUGGUGGUGCACAGAAUGCAGCGAACAGUUCUACCAAUCCUAGAAAACCGAGAAGAAAGCAAGCUAUUAUAGAUAUCGUGGAUCCCAAAACAGGAAAAAAUAUUAGUGAUGAGAUCUACGAUGACGAUGCUGCAACUCAAAGUGGUGAUUCUAGUAAUAGAGCAACCCCCCAGCCACAGAAUUGCGGUAUGGAUAUGAUAGCCGACUUUUUGGCUCGGGUUACAAAAGCCGCGUAUGAAGUAUCAGACUCCGAUUCACCAGCCCCGGCUAGCGCGCCGGAAACUCCCACUUCUCAAAAUGCCUCUCAAACCUUACCCAAUAUCAAAAUUCAAACAAAUCCAGAGAUCGAUAAUAACAGUCUAUGUAAUACUGGUCCUACAACGCCAACGCAAAGUAUACCUAGCGUUCAACCCUUUAGUAGUCAAUCCUUAGUUUCUUCUAAUACCGCGGUUCAAGUUGAUUCGUGUCCCACCAAACCAAAGGAACAUAAACCACUUCAACUAUCUGUCAAAGAGUUUCAACCGAGAAGCGAAAUAAAAAUCGUAGCCGAGGAACCCCAACCAAUCCCAGUUGUUAUCAACCAAGAAAUUAUUUCUUCACAGUUGCCCGCACCUGCUCCCAUCCCUGUUCCUGAACCAGAGCCAGUCGCUUCUGUUCUUCCUUCGAGUAUCUCUCAAACUUCAAAUAUCCCUACGACGAUUGCAAGCUCAACCAUCGUACCCACCGAUGUCCCUAGCAGUGCUGUUAUAUCGGCAAAUUCCAAUCCUGUACCUUCCAAAGACGAUUUCCCCACAUUAGAAUGCAAGGCUCCCUUAAGUUCUCCGGCGCGCCGUAAGCCUCAUAAUCAAGGACAGUCUCAACCCAUCGCACAGCCUGCUUCCGAAGUACCUCCUUCAGCACCAAAGGAACCAAAGGAGCGGAAGUUAAGCGAGAGGAACCUCAACUCUAGGGGUACCACGCCAACUCCGAUACAGAAUCAGUUGGAUCAUCAACAAACAAAACCCAAUGGAGACACUAUAGGUGAAAAGAUUGAAAAACAUGACGCAGAACCAAUCUCCAAAAAUGAUCAACAGCAACAAAGGCUCGUGGAUGGUAAAGCCACACAGAAGCAAAAGACUAAGCGAGGGCAGCUCAAAAAUAGGGACCUCAAUCGUAAAGGUGCUGAAAAAGAGGGCACCGAUAUGGAUGCAUUUGUGAAUGCUGCCGUGCCCUCUGCAAAAUCUGAAACUAAACAACCGGAGCCAGUAAAGCAAGAAACUAAAGAAUCUUCGGAUCUGAAUGAUACAGAAAUAGAAUCUGCUAAGGAUAUCGAGGAUGAAGAAAAUAUCGAAUCUAAAAAGGAGGCUGAAGCAACGCUCACCUUGAAGAUCGAACAAACUACUCCGGAAGCUCCAGGAGAAAACACUCCAAUUCAGACGCCGACAACAGAAAAGCUGCCAUCGGUUAUUCCAAAUAACAAAGAAUCUUCAAAGGAAACAACUCCCACGAUAGAAGAAAGUUGUAAUAUUCAAGAAUCUUGCAAAAUGCCUGUCAAAACUGUUAGCGCUGACGUAGUAGACCAUGUCACGGUUGCCAAUGACAUCGAACUGGAAUCGGCGAUAGUGGCACAAAAAAACGAAGAAAAUGCUAAAGUCUCCGCUUUACAUGCACCCAGCGAAGAACAGCAAGUUACCACGCCAGUGAUAGAAAAACAAAAUGAAAACAAGGUACCUGAAGAAAAUGAUGCCACUCCAAAAGGACCUCAGCCUCUCAAAUAUGAUUAUAAAGAUGAUCAAUGGAGUCCGUUAAAUACAGAAGGAAAGAAAGUCUAUGAUCGCGACUUUUUGAUAAAGCUUCAACAUGAUCCAAACAGCAAAAUUAAGCCAUUAAAUCUCCCUGAUCUAGAAGUUGUUCUCAAAGAAAACUCUAGGAGUCGUGGUCCUAUCGACCAGAGGCAAUUCAAAGAUACACUGGGUCUAGGCAGGCACGAAUCGUUGUUCCCUGGAUUUGUAAAAUCAUCACAAAGUGCUCGAGGGUCUCUAGCUUCAAAACGGAGUAGUCAACAAAGCAACAAACCAAAAAGUGGCAACAAACCAGCUCUUAUUCACGUUUCUCUAUCUCUAAGAGAAGAUGUAAAAUUGAGAGAAACAGAAAAUGCAUGGAAACCUGGCCGGCUCAAGGCUGAGGACAUUAGUGAAGAGGAAGCCAAAACCCAAGCUCUUUACAAGAGAGUGCGAGGAGUGUUGAACAAAUUGACGCCGCAAAAGUUUGACACAUUAGUCAACCAAGUUAGAGCUCUGAAAAUUGAUUCGCAAGAAAGGCUGCAAGGUGUCAUUGACCUGGUAUUUGAAAAGGCAGUUGACGAGCCCAGCUUCUCAGUAGCGUAUGCUCUUAUGUGCAAAGAACUCGGAAUGAAGGAAGUGAGUGCUCCGGACGGUAAAUCCGCGUCGAAUGAUAAGGGUAGCAACUUUAGAAAACUAAUUCUAACUCGAUGUCAAAUGGAAUUCGAAAAAAAUACUGCUGCCGAAAAUGCCAGAGUUCUAAAAAUGAAGGAGAUUGAAUCAUGCACUGAUCCCGAGAAGAAAAAGGAACUGCAGUUGGCUUGGGUAGAAGAAGAGAGAAGAAUUCGUGUUAAAUCUGUUGGUAAUAUUAGAUUUAUAGGAGAACUUUUCAAGCUAGGGAUGCUCACUUCUAGGAUCAUGCAAGCGUGCAUACGUAACUUGCUCGAUCUCAAUGACGAGGAGAGUCUAGAAUGUUUAUGCAAGCUACUUAGUACAGUUGGAAAAGACUUGGAAUCCAAGAAUCAGGAAUCUAUGCAGAACCUGGACCUAUGUUUCAAACAAAUGCAGGACAUCGUCAAUCGCAAAGUCCCGGGUAAAGUCAGUUCAAGGGUACGAUUUAUGUUACAAGAUGUGAUAGAAUUGAGAGCAAACAAGUGGGUACCAAGGAGAGAUGACAGCAAUCCCAAAACAAUGGAUCAAAUUCAGAAAGAAGCUGAAACAGAACGUCUGGAUUCGCAUUUGAAUAACACUCCAUUGAACACACCAAGGAAAGAUGACAGAAACAAUGAUAGAAAACGAAAUCGUGGCGGUGGCUCUACCGAAGAAGGUUGGAGCCUUCCGAUUAGGAGUAAUCGACAACAGUAUUCCGUCGAAGCCGCUAAGCUCAAAACCAAACCGCCUCCUAACGACAGUAUCCAAUUAGGUAAUAAAAAGAUGUAUCUAUGGCAGAACGCUUCUAUUGAACCCCCAAAAACUAUUACACCAAACAAAUUCGCCAUGUUGGAAAAUAUGUCCAGUGAACAAGAAAGACGUUCCGAACGAUCAGGACCGCCACUCUCUGGCUCGAGGUCUACUGGUCCAAGAGAUUUUGGUCGUUCGGAUUACAAAUCGUCAUUUGAUGGCAGACAUUCUCGGAAUGGUAGCCAACAAUUGAGCAGCAGGUCCUCGAGUCGGGAUAGUUCGCUGCACGACAGUUCACGAAGUCAAAGUAUGUCUAUGCCUCCACCCCAACCGAAAAAAUCUAUCACUCCACCAGCACCUGCGAUUGUCCCUAACAAACCAGCGUCGUCUAUGUCUGAGGAACAGUUGGCUAAAAAAGUUGGAAAUAUUAUAGAUGAAUAUCUUUCAAAUACAAAUAUUGCGAACGCAGCACUAGAGGUUAGUGAAACUUUCGACAAUUCAACAUUUGCAAGCUUCGUACGUGAGGUUCAUAACGUAGUUAUUGAGAAAUCGGCAGUGGCCCGAAAGCUAGUGGGUCAACUCUUGACUCAUCUCCUCACCAAGAACAUUUUGCCAUUGUCUCUCUAUCUUGCUGGUCUUAGAGAAGUGUUGGACACAGCCGAGGAUCUAGUGAUUGAUAUUCCUAAGAUUUGGGUCUACUUGGCAGAACUGAUUUGGCAACCACUGGCAGAAGGUGUGCAUCCCUUCUCGGAACUGAAGUCUUCAAUGGCUUCUUUGAAAAGCAAAGGUCUGGCAGGGAAGUUGAUGGGCGAAUUAAUGAUCAUGCUCGUUCGGGAAAAGACGCCGAAAUGGAUCAUGGAUAAAUGGACCCAGGCUGGUCUUGAUUGGAGCGACUUUUUACGAGAAAAUGAGCCCGUCAAUGACUAUCUGAAAAAAUACAAAUUGGAGUUCAUGUUGGGAGACAACAACAGUAGUUUUGGCAGCUUAGUGGGACAGCAAAGUUGGGAACAAAUUCAUGAGCGUCUCCGCAGUCUUAUGGCCAAUGAAAAGGAAAAUUCCUUUGAUAACAUCUGCAGUUGGAUUUCUGCAAAUGUAGGCGAAAGAGCACGUGAACCUCAAUUUAUUAGGAUCUUAAUGACUGCAAUUUUAGAAGUAUCCAUCGAACCGUAUAAUGAUACAUGGAAAUUUGUAAUCGACAAGUUCAAAAAUUUAGAAGCUCUAAUUUCUCGGCAUAUCGAUGGCAAUGCCAAGGUCUUGGAAUUACAGUGCAUCAUCGCGGUUCAAGAAUAUAUAAAUAAACUUGAACAUCCGUCAGGUGUACUUUUGAAAAUAAUUGAAACGCUCUGGGUCGACAGCAUAGUCUCAUACGACGCUUUCAUUGCAUGGGAAAGCGAUAAAGAUCUCACGCCAAUACCAGGCAAAUCAGUUGCUCUAAUGGCUUUGACGUCGUUCUUUACUUCACUGAAAGAAGUUGAAGACGAAUCCAGCGAUGAAGCGUGAGACCAAGUUCUACAUUUACACAGUGUCAGUUUUAACCGGUCAACCGCAAUGCAGUGUCGCAGUUGAGCUUUGGAACAACCUUUGUAUCCACCGUUUCUCCCUCCUGCUUGAACAAAAUGGAUCUUCGAACGAAUUGUGAAGAGACGUCAAUGUUUUUUUAACAUGAAAAGUGAAAAGCAAAAUUGCAGUUUAUUGAAAUCCAGAACGAAGCGGAAAAAAGAAAAUUGAUGAAACAAAAACAAUCAAACAGUGGUUGUGUGGGGGUGUAUGUAUUAUAUUCUAGGACAGCAGAAGUAAAGUAAACGAAGCCGUAUUUGAGAUACGCUAUACAUAUUGAAGAUAAAAGAUUAAUAAUUAAUUAUAAUACAGAAAUAAAUGCAAGAUAAUUAUUAUAUAUAAUUAAUGAAAAUGGUUUAAAGUUUAAAUAAAGGAAAAUUAAAAAAAAUUAAAAAAAAAAUGGAAAAAAAAGAAAAAAGCAAAAGAAAAAUUAAGAAAAAAACAAUGACUACGAUAAAGAACAACAAUGCGUGCUGAUAGAGUCGUGUUUCUCUACGUAACGAUGAUAUCUCUCGCCCAGGGUCACGCAAGUUCGGAAAAAUAAGUACGAUCAUAUUUUGAGAUGCGAUCACAAAACAAAAAUGUAGUUAUUUCUAAUUAUGCAACGCCACAAUAGCAACUUGAAUGCUUGCUACAUAAUCUAGGUAACAAAUUGCAAUUACGAAUGCGUAAUGAUGAAUAAACAAAUUCCUCGAGUCGUAAUUAUCGAGCGAAAAUAUUAAUAAUAAUGAUAAUAUUAAUAACAAUAAUGAUAAUACUAAAAUUAAAUUAACAAAAAAGGAAAAAAAAUUGCAAAAACUAAUGAUAUAUUUCUUGGCAUAAAUCGCGUAUGAAGAAAAAAAAAUCCAUAACCAAGUCUGAGACGAGCGAUGGUUCUUCCUAUUAUUGUAAUGAAUAUAACAGAAUUAAUAAUUUAUAACUGCGCAUAGGAUCUAUGAUAAUACAUUAUAAGAAAGACAUUCAUAAAUUUCAAUGUGAAGUCGAACGUAAGAUUUGUAACUUUAAGGUGUUGAUUUUUAGAAGAGGGAGAUUUCUAAUGGUGUGCAUACUAAGGCGCUACUAUUUUUAAUGGGGAAAAAAUAGUUAUUUAUAAUCAUGAAAACAGAAAGAUAAAAAACAAAAAAAUUAAAAACAAAAACUGGAAGUAUGAAUGAAAUUGGGACGAGUGACCGAACUGUGAUGAAUGAAUAUGACAAUGAUGAUUAUUAUGGUCGUGGUAAGGAUGAUACAGAUGUUAAUGAUGAUGAUGAAGAAUUGAUGUGACAUGUGCCGUAGCGAAAUAUGUGAAUUUCAAGUUGUUACUGCGAUCGAUGGUACUGAGGAAAAUUAUGUUUGAUCUAUAUAUAUAUAUAUAUAACAUAUAUAUGUAUAUAUAUUAUACAUAUUAUUACUACCGCGAAAUUCGGUUGAGAAAAAAAGAAAUACGAAUAUAUUCGACGGAUAAUAAUAUACAAUAUGCGAGGGACUCUACUUGAGAUGUUUAUUUUCCCACAUAUACAUGUAUUUCUUUCAUUCAUACACCAUUGAUUUUUAAAAGAAAAUCUUCUAUUUAUUAUAGUUUUUUGGUUUAUUGUUUUUGUCGUAUUACUUUUUCAUUCUUCUUUUCCUCUCUCGUCCAAGGGACACGCACCCGUUAUUUUUAAUGUUGAUCAUUCGUGACGUUACUUUUCAUACUAUGAGCUAUAUCAUCAUCUGCAUGUAACUCCAAUAGAUAGCUAUGAAUAAUGCGAUCGUUUACUAUUCGUCCUACGAAUGCACGUUAUGUGCUUCAAUUUUUUUCCCUAUUUAUCGGUUGCUCUUACUUUAGUCUCCACUGAAGUAAUGAUCACAGCGAUGCUUCGGUGGACCAUGUCUUUUUUUUAUAUAGGUAUAUGAUAACCUGUUGAUACAGAGAUCGUUCACGUGUUUUAUCGAUACAGUGUUAAAAUGUAAAUAAGUUGCCUUGUAUACUAAAAUCUUUCCUGCUGAUAACUGGUUAUCGCGAUCCACCUCUCUUUUGCCAGAAAUGUACGUAUUUGUGCAUUGAAAACAUGAUCGAUAGAUUGAUUAUUAAUUAUAUCAAUAUUCGUUGUACAGCUGUAUAAUUUUUCUUUUCUUUCGCGUAAUUUAUUAUGUUAUAUGCAACUUAUUUCCACGUGUAAUGGUACCACGAGGUAUGGAAACCGUCACUCAUAGAAGAAUAUGUGAAUGUUCACCGCAAAUGAUAAGAUGUACGUGCGAUUUUAUGAUUCCAGUUGAAAAUUGAAUUUGAAAAACUAGUAAUUAUUUCUAAUGAAAACAAAUCAAUAUUUCAUUGAAUUUGUUCGGUGAAUUUAUAUGCGGAAUAUUUGUAUCGUUAUCGUGAGCAAGUGGGGAUAAUAUUUGUUGCGAGAGCAACUUCCGGCUAAUAUUGAUGAGCUAUGAAUAAGCUGUGUUCACAACGAUUAUAUCUGUUUGCGUUUAUUUAUUUGUACGUAUGGAGAACCAGCCUCCGAGGACUGUUUACUUUCAUGCAAUGUGCGAUCGAAAGUACGUUUUGUUUAAAUUGCAGAAGAGCCCGCAGGUUUAUUAUUUCUACAUAUUGAACAGGAGAAAGAAGAUAGGAAGACUCUAAACCAUAGAGAAAAAAAAAAUUGCAAAAAUAUAAACAUACUCAUUCUACUGACCGUAGAAUGACACCACAUUGAUGAAGGAAAGAUAAAAUAUUAAAAGUACCGAAUAAUAAAAGUGGAGUAACGAAUAAAAGAUACACAUUUGAGAGCGUAGGUAAAUUAAAUAAAUAAACUAAUUUAUAUAUGGGUAGAGAUAAAGAAAAAUUAAAAAUCACGUUGUUGACAAAUUUGUGGAUAAAUGAGUAAUAAGGAAGAAUAUUAUUACUGUAAAUAUAAAUAGGUAACGUAAGUGGAAAAUGGAUGACAGAAGAGGAUUGACAGGCGACGGCGUUCGCCUUUGGGGGCAUGUAAUCGCGGCGCCGUUGAUCCUUGCCUCUGCUGGCUAUAUUAUGUAUUGUAUAUAUAUAUAUUAUACGUACGUAUUUGUAUAUACAUAUUCGUAUGUAUUUGUAUAUAUGCAUAGGUAUGUAUGAAAGAAGACUUAAUGUUAAGAACACAACACACUUAUAUGUAUAAUAAACCAUAUCUAUAAAAACAAAAAAGAAACAAAAAAAAAGGAAAAAAAAUAAUAAAAAAAAGAACUCCAUGCCAA